GCCUCUUUUGAACCCCCCCGCACCAGGGACAGAUUUACCGUCUGCCCCCUCCGCCCGACAGCACCAUGCGGUGCCCGGGACUGCUCGCCCUCCUGCUCCUGGCCGUGCCGGCCGUCUCCCUGCCUGUGGUGAAUGACAUGAAUAAAGGUGACACUAAGGUGAUGAAGUGCAUUGUAGAGGUCAUCUCUGAUACUUUAUCCAAGCCAAACCCCCUGCCAAUCAGCGAGGAAUGCCUAGAAACCCUCAGAGGAGAUGAGCGCAUCAUUUCUAUCCUUCGACACCAAAAUUUACUGAAGGAGCUUCAGGAAAUUGCUGUUCAAGGUGCUAGUGAGAGAACUCAGCAACAGAAGAAAAACAGCGGUUUUGAAGAUGAGCUUUCUGAAGUCCUUGAAAGUCAGAAUGACAAGAACGAGCAAAGAGAUGAGGCACAGGAGAGCCCUGAAGAGGAGCAGCCCACCAUGUCCCUGGCUGAGCUGGAGGCCGAGCAAAUCCAGCAAAACGAGAGGGAAGAUCCAAAAGAGGAGGGAAAAAACAGCCUGGAGGAGAGGGAGCCCAGGCCACGGGAAACUCAUCCUGGCGAGAAGAGGGAUCGUGAGGAAGCAGGGAGCAAUGAGAUUGGAGGCGCAGAGGAUUCCCAGAGGGAAGAGGUUUUGGACAAUCGCAUCAGUGAUGACCUUGGUGAGGAAGAGCAGAAACAGCAACAGGAGGAAGAGGAGCAGCCCAGGGACACUGGUGACAACCUGGAGCUUGAGGAGGAGAGAGAGCAGAUGUCCAGACAGGGCCAAGAGGAGAGCAAGGAGGAGACAGGAGGGCGUGCUGAGCGGGAAGAUGAGCAAGGAGACACUCCUGUGGAGGAGGACCCUACCGAAGCAGAGAGGUCACUUGACUCGGCUGAGGAGGACGUGGAGUCUGAGGUGAUGCAAAGAGAUGACAAUGAAGAAGCUUUGGGAUUUGGCAAAGAUGAGCGGAGCUCAGAGGAGGAGGAAGAGCAGCCCUACAGACUGAAAGGAGGAAGGCAUCGCCUGGAGGAUGAAGCAAUGCAAGCAGAGGAGGAUGCCUUCCAGUCCAGGGAUGUCAAAAGUGAGGAAACGGAAGAGGAAUCCUCCAGGGAAUGGGAAGACUCCAAGAGAUGGAAUAAAAUGGAUGAACUGGCCAAACAACUGACAUCAAAGAAGCGCAUGGAGGAAAAUGACAGUGGAGAAGACCCAGACAGGUCUAUGAAAAUGGUGUUCAGGUCCCACAAGUAUGACUUUAGUAGUCCAGAGGAAGAUGCGAGAAGGUCAUGGAAGCGUCACUCAAAGGAGGACAGCAGUGAAGGUUUCCCGCUUGCUGCCAUGCCUGAAGAGAAGAAGGAUGAGGAAGGCAGUGCUAACAGAAGAACAGAGGACCAGGAGCUGGAGAGCCUGGCGGCCAUCGAAGCGGAGCUCGAGAAAGUCGCCCACAAGCUGCACGAACUGAGACGGGGCUGAAGACUCGCCCAGCUCGCCGCUUGCACAAAAGCCAGAGCUGCACUCACCCCUUCACGCCACAUUUUCAUUUACUGACUUAAAAGAGAUGCCGACAGAGCAGUAGCAUCUUGCCUAGGAAGCCCAUCUCCCCAGAGCCAGGCCUGCUGUCUCGCAGUAGUGUCGUGCCCAUCUCUGCUUUGAUUUCAUGCUCCUCUGUCCACUAUGGAGUCCCACCUGUACCUUGGAUGACUGUAGCUCAGAAGUGUGACUUACAUGUGUAUUUCCUCUUUUUUUCUCCUCUCUGUUUUUCUUUUUUCUUUAAGACAAGACAGCUUUCUAGAAUGUUCUCCUACCGCCGGUAGUUUCACUGGAUAAAACUGCAAUAACUUGUUAUCUUUUGAUUAAAAGCUGAGAACUCUGACUGUAAUAUAUUCUAUAUAAAGAAAAAUUUAUCUAAGGAAAAAUAAAACUGCA